AUGAUCUGCGACUUGGUUAUGCCCAACGUGCCAAAGGUGCAGGAGAUUGCCAAGGACUGCUGCGUGAUUGCGAAGCACUCUGAUUGCAGAUGGGGAUGCGUCAGUCCUCGUCACCUCCUCUCUCGCGCGGCCGCUCGCGUGAGCGUGGUGCACCUCCAGCCUCUGGUCCCCACACGCGACUUCCCGCACUUCUCCAACACAAAGGCCUGUGUGGAUGCCAUCGCUGCAAAGACUGGCGAUGACGGGAACGCGGAGACCUAUUUCUUGCUGGAUCGCUUCCAGCACGAGUUUCUACAGGAGAGGCUCUCGGCCUGGUAUGCUGAGCUGGGAGUGUCCAUGAUCCGGUUCGAGGAGGACCUGCUGCCUAUGCUCCGCGGAGAGCGGAAGGAAGUCCUGAUCGUGAACACAUGCUGCCCUGAACUGGUGCCAGCGGUUUCCGAUGCAGGCCCUCACGUCCACGAUGUGGGUCCCCUGGCGGAUCGCCUGAUCCCAGCAGGCUGGGAGCCACCAGCAGGUCUGGAGACGUUUCUUCAGGCGUCUGCUCAGCCGCCGGUGUGUGUCGGUUACGGCUCCAUGCCCUUUGACAAGGCCACCAUGGUCGUAGAUGCGCUACAGGGCGCCGGGGAGAGGGCUGUUUUUGUGGGCGAUGCUCUCAAGUGCGAGGAGGAUGAGUGGGUCUCUGCUAACAUCUUCCAAGUCUCCUCAGUGCCGUACCCCUGGCUCCUUCCACGCUGCAGCAUGAUGCUCAGCCACGGGGGCGCCGGCGUGGUGAACUCAACGCUUCGCGCGGGGAUUCCGCCGGUGAUCUCUCCUCUUCUGGGCGAUCAGUUCCUGUACGCGAGUCUGCUGGAAAAGCUGGGCUUGGGCACUCAGGCCGGCGAAAUGAAAACCAUUACGGUUGAGGAGGUGGCUUCGGCCAUCCACAAGGCAAAAACUUGCCGCGAAGCCGCUCGUGCAGCUGGAGAGGCGCUGAAGGCUCGCAGCUAUGGCCCCGAGGUCUUCACCAAGGUCCUGGUCGAAGCGGCAGCUGCCUGA